AUGGCAUCGACAUCUUACUAUGGCGCUAAUGACGGCCUGCAGAUAGGUAACAACCAUGGCACAAGCACGGCAGAAUUCCACAUGUCUAAACGACAAAAGACCUCCUGCCGUGACGGUUCGCCUUCCCCGCGACACGAUCGGUACACCAUCGCCUGGAUUUGUGCGCUCCACAUAGAAAUGGCAGCAGCUCAGGCCAUGCUAGACGAAUUUCACGAAACACUGCCUACCCAUGCGGACGAUAAAAACACCUACGUGCUAGGAAGCAUCAAACGACAUAAUAUCGUUAUUGCGUGUUUACCAGAAGGGCAGUAUGGAACAAACAAUGCAGCGAUCGUUAUGACGAACAUGAAGCGGACCUUCCCAGCAAUACGCGCAUGUUUGAUGAUCGGAAUUGGCGGUGGUGUGCCAAGCAAAGCUGAUGUGCGUUUGGGUGAUAUUGUUGUUGGAACAAGGGUGAUGCAGUAUGAUCUUGGGAAGAUCAUUGGAGACGGACAACUCCAGCGAACAGCAAUUCCUCGAAUUUGCGACCGGUUGCUUAUGACGGCUGUGUCUACCCUCCGUUCGAAGCACGAACUAGGCCCUAGUCGAGUUUCAUCCAUCUUACAACAGAAGCUAGAAGGACAAUCCGCGUACGCUCGCCCGGCUUCGCCAGAUCGCCUGUUCCAUGCGACCUAUGAUCAUGAAUCUCUAACUGCUAGCUGUGACGGAUGCGACCAUUCAAAGCUAGUUCCACGAAACCAACGAAUGUCCGACGAAAUAAGGAUCCAUUACGGCGCGGUUGCCUCGGGGAACCAAGUCAUGAAGGACGGCACAACUCGGGACAACAUUGCUGAACAACUAGGUGUCAUAUGUUUUGAGAUGGAAGCUGCUGGUCUGAUGGACAUCCUCCCAUGUCUCCCAAUUCGGGGGAUCUGCGACUACUCGGAUUCUCACAAGAACAAAGAAUGGCAGCGAUAUGCCGCAGCAACCGCGGCCGCAUAUGCAAGAGAAUUGGUUGAGGAGUUACCUGUGACCGAAUCGCAUACAAGUAUUGUCUACACGGCCGAUUUUCAUCAAAGUUUAUCGCACGAACGCCGGCAGCGCUUGUUAAAUUCCUUUAAAUUCGAGCAAAUGGAUUCCCGAAAAACGACCAUCAAACAACAAGAAAAAAAGACGUGUCGCUGGUUUCUCAGCCAUCCCGACUACGAAGCAUGGCUUGAUCCCGCAAAGUUGACGCACCACAAUGGCUUUUUGUGGAUCAGUGGUAAGCCCGGUGCUGGCAAGUCGACAAUCAUGAAGUUUGUGUACUCGAGCAUGAAAAGCAAGGCCCGUCAUAAGCAUGCUAUCACUGCUUCCUUUUUCUUCAACGCUCGAGGUGUUUUCUUAGAAAAGUCGAUCUCAGGGAUGUAUCGUUCGUUACUGCUUCAACUGCUUGAAGGGUUCCCCGACCUUCAGGUUGUUUUAGACGAUUCUGAGCUAGUUCCCGAAAGUCAAACCGGUUGCCCUUCCUUAAAUGUUCUUAAGGACCUAUUUGCCAAUGCAGUUUGCUCUCUUGGUCAACGCUCUUUUACCUGCUUCGUUGAUGCUCUCGACGAGUGUGAUGAGCAACAAGUUGUGGACAUGGUCCAGUACUUUGAAGAGCUGGCCGAGCAAUCUACAGCAAAAGGGGUCCUAUUUCGAGUCUGCUUUUCUAGUCGACACUAUCCCUACAUCGUCAUUCAACGAGGUAUCCGGCUUACACUGGAGGAUCAGUCAGGCCAUGCGGAAGACUUGGCAACCUACGUCACAAGCCGCCUCCUAAUCAAAGAACCCACGCUUGUCGAAGAGCUACAACCAAAACUGCUCAGUAAAUCUGCUGGUGUUUUCAUGUGGGUCGUCCUAGUUGUCAAUAUUCUUAACAAGGAGUAUCGACGGGGCGGAAUGGCUCUGAGGAUGAGACUCGCGGAAAUACCGAGUGACCUGAGUGAGCUAUUCAGAGAUAUCUUGAGGCGUGACAAAGAGAAUAUGGAGGCCCUCCAACUUUGCAUCCUCUGGAUUCUGUACGCAAAGCGGCCUUUGCAACUGCGGGAGUUCUAUCAUGCUCUUUGGUCUGGUUUGUCACUGAAGGGUCUGGUCGAUGACAAACCUCCGGAUGUCACCAUCCCAGAUAGCGGUGAUAGCCCCGACAGUUUUAGCAGAUAUGUUAUUAGCUCCUCAAAAGGACUUGCCGAGGCCACGAAAUCUAGCCAGCCCACAGUUCAAUUCAUCCAUGAAUCUGUCCGAGAUUUUCUUAUCAAGGACAAGGGUCUGUAUGAAUUGUGGCCUGAACUUGGACUUGAUUGCGAGAGCUUAAGCCAUGAGAAACUCAAACAAUGCUGCAGUGUCUAUAUGAAUCAUACUUUGAUCUGUACAUCUGUUAGCAAGCUGCUGUCUGAGUCUAACACCUACGGCCGGACGGAAAUCUCAGAAGCUUGCCCGUUUUUGGAGUAUAGCAGUCAGAAUAUCCUCUACCAUGCCAACGCUGCGGCGAAAGCGGUUCCUCAAGACGAAUUUUUGUCCUCAUUUUCUAUCUCUAAGUGGAUCAACACCCACAAUCUUUUCGAAAAAUUCAACAAUAGGAAAUAUACCCCGAGUGCAAAUCUAUUUUAUAUUCUGGCAGAUAAAGGACAUUCCGAGCUCAUCAGGGCAAGGUUGAAAGGAGAUCCGCAAAUUCACGUCCUUGGGGAGAGAUACAAGUACCCACUUUUUGCUGCUUUAGCCAAUGGUAACAAAGACACUGUUGCUGCUCUUUUGAACUCGCCUUCGAGCAUUCACGAUGGAAUCGACCUUACAGACGGCCUAAACUACAGGAAAGAUUUUAAGGGAUACGAAAAUCGAACACCGCUAUCUUGGGCUGCCCAGGAUGGUCGGGCAGGCAUUGUCAAGCUCCUUUUACGGACAGGAAUGCCCCUUGAUGACAUGGAUAGAGGGGACCGAACACCACUUUCACGGGCAUCAGAGAAUGGCCACGAGGCGGUAGCGAGGCUUCUCAUCGACAAGGGAGCCGAUAUCAACAUCGGCGAUAAAAGUGGAUCGACACCACUUUCACUAGCCUUGAAGAAUGGCCACGAGGCGGUAGCGAGGCUUCUCAUCGACAAGGGAGCCGAUAUCAACAUCAGCGAUGACAUUAGGUCGACACCACUCCAAUGGGCCUUGAAGAAUGGCCACGAGGCGGUAGCGAGGCUUCUCAUCGACAAGGGAGCCGAUAUCAACAUCAGCGAUAACAGUGAAUUGACACCACUUUCGCUAGCCUCAAAGAAUGGCCACGAGGCGGUAGCCAGGCUUCUAAUCGAUAAAGGAGCCGAUAUCAACAUCUCCCAUUACAGUGGAUCGACACCACUUUCACUAGCCUUGAAGAAUGGCCACGAGGCGGUAGCGAGGCUUCUCAUCGACAAGGGAGCCGAUAUCAGCAUCGGCGAUAACAGUGGAUCGACACCGCUUUCACGGGCCUCAGAGAAUGGCCACGAGGGAGUAGCGAGGCUUCUAGUCAAUAAAGGAGCCGAUAUCAACAUCAGCGAUAACAGUGAAUUGACACCACUUUCACUAGCCUUGAAGAAUGGCCACGAGGCGGUAGCGAGGCUUCUCAUCGACAAGGGAGCCGAUAUCAGCAUCGGCGAUAACAGUGGAUCGACACCGCUUUCACGGGCCUCAGAGAAUGGCCACGAGGCGGUAGCGAGGCUUCUCAUCGACAAGGGAGCCGAUAUCAACAUCGGCGAUAAAAGUGGAUCGACACCGCUUUCACAGGCCUCGGAGAAUGGCCACGAGGCGGUAGCGAGGCUUCUGAUCGAUAAAGGAGCCGAUAUUAACAUUAGUGAAAAUGGUGGAUUGACCGUGGGAUCAAACCUUAUGCUUUGUUGA